AUGACGGUCGAAGACGAGAGUCAAAAUGAGUAUGAGGAGAAUGGCCUCGCGGGACCUGGAGCACCCACACCUUUGACUGCAUUGGAGGGAGUUAAUGGCCUGACAGCACGAGAUAUCAAGCUGGUGAUUGAUGGUGGGUAUCAUACCAUUGAGUCGGUAGCCUAUACGCCGAAGCGAAUGUUGGAACAGAUCAAAGGCAUAUCCGAGCAGAAAGCGACGAAGAUCCUUGCGGAGGGAUCGAAACAAUUGGAUACUCUACUGGCAGGUGGUAUCGAGACGGGGUCCAUUACCGAGAUUUUCGGAGAGUUCAGAACAGGGAAGAGUCAGAUUUGUCAUACUCUGGCAGUAACUUGCCAACUACCAUUUGACAUGGGCGGCGGAGAGGGGAAGUGUCUGUAUAUUGACACUGAGGGCACAUUCCGUCCGACCCGACUGCUUGCAGUCGCUCAGCGCUAUGGACUUGUCGGCGAUGAGGUUCUCGACAACAUCGCAUAUGCCAGAGCUUACAACUCUGACCACCAACUACAGCUACUCAACCAAGCGUCGCAGAUGAUGUGCGAGCUAUCGAGCCGGCAAAACCAUCUUGCCAAAUUCAUGCGGAAACUGCGGACUCUUGCUGAUGAGUUUGGCAUUGCGGUUGUUAUCACAAAUCAGGUAGUUGCGCAAGUGGAUGGAGGGCCAAGUGCUAUGUUCAACCCAGAUCCAAAGAAACCCAUUGGAGGCAAUAUUAUUGCGCAUGCUAGCACGACGAGGUUAAGUUUGAAGAAAGGUCGGGGAGAGACUCGUAUUUGCAAGAUUUAUGAUAGCCCUUGUCUUCCGGAGAGCGAUUGUCUGUUUGCGAUUAAUGAAGGUGGGAUUGGGGAUCCGAGUCCGAAAGAUUUGGAGAAGGAUUGA